AUGAGAUCCGCUAUUCUUUCCCUCGUAGGAGGUGCCUCGACCGUUCUGGCUGCUGCCCGUGGUUUCAACUAUGGCUCGCAAGGCAACACUCUCGAGACUUUCGAAGCUCAAUUCCGCACCGCACAAGGUCUUGACACCACCAGCGGCUGGGGUUCUGCUCGUCUCUACACCAUGAUCCAAGAGGGCACUGCCAACACUGUUAUCAGCGCUAUUCCCGCUGCCAUUGCUACCAACACAACUCUUCUCCUUGGUCUCUGGGCAUCAUCAACCCAGGAUGUUUUCAACAACGAGCUCACUGCUCUCAAGAACGCCAUUGACCAGUACGGAUCUGCUUUCUCCGACCUCGUUGUUGGUAUCUCGGUCGGCAGCGAGGAUCUUUACCGUGACUCGCCCACUGGUAUCCUCUCCAACGCUGGCACUGGCCAGUCACCUGACAUCCUCGUUGACUACAUCGGUCAAGUCAAGUCUGCCAUUUCCGGAACUGUUCUCUCCAGCAAGCCUGUAGGCCACGUCGAUACUUGGCAGACUUACACCAACUCGUCGAACGCUGCUGUUGUCGCUGCUGCUGACUUCCUUGGUCUCGACGAGUACCCUUACUACGAGAACACCAACGAGAACUCGGUUGCCAACGCCAACACUCUUUUCUUCAAUGCUUACAACGCCGUCGCUGGUGUUGCCAACGGCAAGCCCAUCUGGAUCACUGAGACUGGCUGGCCCACUACCGGCCCCACUGAGAACCUGGCUGUUCCCAGCGUUGACAACGCCGAGGCUUACUGGAAGUCUAUUGCUUGCGAGUUGAUCAGCCGUAACAUCCCCACCUGGUGGUACAUCCUCCAGGACUCUGCUACCCCUAGCUUCGGUAUCGUUGCCUCUGGUGAGCAACCCAAGUACGACCUCUCAUGCCCCAGCGUUGCCACCAGCAGCUCUGCGGCCCCUACCAGCUCGGUCGCUAGCGCCACCAUGCCUACAUCUGCCGCUGCCAGCACCACUCUUGCCAUCAGCAACGCUGUUCCCUCUGCCGGUUACGCCUCAUCCGAAGCCUCUAGCCAGGGUGCCGACGGCGAGACUGUCACCAUCUUCUCUACCACUUUGAUCACCGUCACCAACUGCGGUUCGACUGUCUCGGACUGCACCAGCACCGGCAUGACCACUGUCAUCUCUGCUAAGCCCAGCGUCACUUCUGCCGCUGCUUCGACUGUCGUUCCCAGUGGUACUCCUGCUGCAUCAGGCUGUCCUGCCGACAUCAACGGUGCUUACCAGUACCCCCACUUGAUCGUUCCCGUCGAUGCCUCCAACCCUAACAAGGCCUACGGUACUCAGUACAACGGCACCAUCAACUCCAAGGUCUCUACUAUCUUCAACUUCGACAUCCCUGCCUCGUACGCUGGCAAGACCUGCUCGACCGUCUUCCUCUUCCCCCAGCUUGACCAGCUCGAGACCUCCAGCUACUCCUUCAACGACAAGGGUGGUUUCACCAUCGCUGUUCUUAACGGUGUGGCUGACGAGUCUACCACCUACGCCAACGCCCCCGCUGUUGCCAAGCAGGUCGGCUCAGUUGACGCCCUCAAGCGUGGUUCUUCCUACACUCUCAGCCACGACGCUUGCCCCGCUGGCACCAGAGUUUCCUUCGAGGUCACCGCGACUGGAGGCCUUGAUUUGAACUACUUCCAGGACUACAAUCCUUCGCCUCUCGGCCUCUACGUUCGCGCCUGUUAA